AUGUCUUCUCCCGUCGAAGUAGUUACCGCCACUAUUAUGCAGUCCGUGGACCCCGCUGAAGUUUCCGCGGCAACCAUCCAAGCAAUCGUUGCCGCAAUCAAGCCGGACCUCGACCGGUUUGAGAAGGAGCGCGCCCAUCUGCAGAGCCAAUGCCAGGAUCUGUGGGUCGAGAAGGACAACAUGUACCAUCAAGCCACGAUGGAAGUCUCUCGACUCACAGAGGCAAGCAAGGCGCAGAAGGGCGCCAUUGAGCGGGCCAAGAAGGUCCUGAAGGGUGUUGUUGGUGACCGACACCGUGUCCGUGUCGACAACCGCCGCCUCAAGCUGAAGAUUGCUCAGCUUGAGCAAUCUUACGGCAUGAUGGUUAUCGACGUGGACGUCGGUGCCGAGGCAGAGUGUGCGCGCCUAGAGGCCAAGAAUGCGGCCCUUGAGGACGAACUCAAGGGUCUGCAGGCCGAGUACAUGGAGCUGGUGGAAAAGUCCGAGGAGGAGCAGAAGAGCGCCUCGGCUAUGCUGUCGCAGGUCCAAGACCAAGCAGUCAAGGACGCAGCUAGCCAGGUGGCGACUGCGAAGGAAGAGAUGGAGAAGGUCGUGCAGGAGAUGCGGACCAAGAUGGAGACCCAAGUGACCGAGAUGCAGGUCAAGAUGGAGACCCAGGUGACCGAUAUGAAGGUCAAGGUGAAGGCCCAGGUGGCCGAGAUGAAGGUAGGGAUGGAGAUGGAGAUGAAGGAGGAAGCGAAGGAGUUCGCCAAUGACCUCCAUGAGAAGUACACUUCUCAGAUGCGCGAGCACUGUGCCCAGUUCAAGGGCGAGUGCCAGUAUGAGUACGAGAAGGAACUCACGCUUACCAAGCGUGGGUUGUUUGACCGUCUCUGCUGGGGCCUUCAAUUCCCUCCUGAUUCAUCUCCAACCGACCCCUUCACUCCGGACCCCUUCACCCCUGGUCCCUCCGUUCUCGUCACCCCAUCUACCCGUCCGUCCACUCCUCCCUCUCCUCUCUCUUCCCCUCCCGACUUCAACACCCCCCCGACCCCGACCCCCCCGACUCGUGUGUUCAGCAAGACCGGGCGCUAUCGUAAGGAGUGCAACUCCUCGAACGAAGCGCUCGCUCUUGCACGAGAAGAACACUACGCGGUUCAAGAUGCCGCCACGCUUGUUCUCCAGAAGGCACUUCUGGAGGACAGUAUCAAGCGUUUUGGCGUGCAGACAAAGCCUGCCGCGGAGGUUGCGCCUGAGGAGGCCAACCACGAGUACGUCCCAAAGCCGGCUCUCCUCACAAUCCAAGAUCUUGGAGAGGUUGAACAGGAGCUGAAGAGCUUCCAAGAACCCGUUCAACCUUCAACCCAAGAUCUUGGAGGAGUCGAGCAGGAGCUCAAGAACGCGCUGGGCCAACGAAGGCUCCAGCAGCGUCGCUUGAAGCGGGGGGACGAAACGAGGAAGGGUGGGAUGUCGAAGAGACGUUCCAACCAGUAGACCAUCCUGUACCAUCGACCACCUCGGCGCACAAGGCCCGAACCUUGUGUGGCCCUCUAGUGAAGGACGACCAUCCCAUCGACAACCUUCACCGUCGACAAGAACACCGCAGCGUGCCCCGGACAACGCAACCAUCCAUCUUCUUCUUAGGCUUGACAAGAACACCGCAGCUGCCCCGGUUAAUGCACCAAUAUCCACCUAGUUUCCGUCGUGGAUAUCGAAUCUCGACAACGGCCAAGAACACCGCAGCGUGCCCCGGAUAACGCAUACCCCUAUCUACAGCCCGAUAAUAUCACAUAUCCUCUUCUUCGACAUGAAAAGAACACCGC